GAAGAUCAUCGAGUGUUUCAGCAAAAGACCUCCUCAUCGAGGUACUUGUUAGUUGCUGAAUGAUGGCUGGGGCUGAUCACUGAUGGUUGCUAACUCCUGCUUUCCUAACUCCUAGCGCUGCUACACGAACUAACAAUCGUCCAAGAGCCGGAGAAUUGAUAAAUAAUUUAAAAAUUAUUGUUCCUGUAAAAUGCCGCCAAAAACAGCGAAGGAGAUUGUGGUGUUUGUUACCAAUGUUGGUGUCUGUGAUGAUGGUAAAGUUGACAGAGAAUUUAUAGAAAAUGCUAAAAUUGCAAUGCAACGCGUGAUUGAAAAAAAGAUUUUUAUAAGACCCAAAGAUGAAGUAGGAAUAAUACUGAUGGGUGUUGAAGAUGGUAACAAUACUUUAGAAUUGAGUCAUAUUGAUAACUAUCUUAAUCUUCAAAUUCCAUCAUUUGAUGUAAUUAAAAAAGUACGUGACAUUGAGCCAACGGAAAUGGUUUUUAAAAAUUGGAUUUCUGGAUUACAAGCCGCUCUUGAGUUAAUAUCACGGCAAGCUGACAAUUUUUGUCGUAUCACAAUCAUUUUACUAACUGAUUGUUACCCAACGAAUCCAUUUCGCGAAUCUACUAAAGGUGAUUUGAUGCAAAAUAUUACCGAUAUGGAAAUUAAUUUCUUGUGGAUCGGAAGCAAAGAUUUAAAUGAAGAAAACGAAAAAAAAUUAAAUCACAGUGAGCGUAUGCUCAUGGAUUUGACUAAAAAAGUUGGAGGAGAAUACAUGUCUUUUUCUUUUGUAUUACCGAAGCUAGAAUUUUAUGGCGCACAUAAAACAUCACCGGCUGCUUGGAAAUCAAAUUUAGAGAUUGGAGAUUUAAAAGUUCCUGUUGCGAUAUAUCUUGUAAUAAGUGAAGUUAAUUCUCUAGGCAAGUGGAACGAUGUCUCCGCUUCGGGGGAUCCUAAUCAUGGAGAAGAAUUGCAGCCAGUGUCAAAAAAACGCGCGUUAGCUGACCGCUAUCGAGAAGAAUACAAAAAUGAAGACACUGUAGAAGGUUACAUGUACGGAAGGAAAUUUAUUCCGUUCACUGAAGAAGAUUCUGCUGUUUUAAAAUUUCCGUCUGAAGAAAAGUCUUUCAAACUUUAUGGUUUCACUCCGGAAAAAUUUGUUAAGCUUGACCAUAGACAUGGAAAGAGAACUAAUAUCGUUUUACCUGUUCAAGGAGUAGAAGAAGAUUUUUUUUGUUUGGUAAAAGCAAUGGCUGAUUUAAAACGCGUUGCUCUUGUCCGCAAAGUUCAUAACAAAAAUUCUAGCCCUUCAAUGCAUGUUUUGUAUCCAGUAAUUGGUAAUGGUGACAAACCAUGGUGUCUUUUAAUGCACGAAAUAAUUUACGCAGAAGAACGAAUAAUAAUAACACCACGUUCUUAUGAAAAUGUACUUAAGAAUGUUACAAAAGAGCAAUGGGACUGUGUAGACAAACUUACCGACUUAAUGAUGCUCGGCAAAUCCACUAUUCCAGAGGAUGAAACCAAGACAUAUGAACCUGGUGAAGUUGAAUCUCCAGAUCUUCAGUACGUAUGGAAUGUUCUCUCUUUACGAGCAUUAAAUCCCGAUGCACCGUUACCAGAACCCAGUUUGUCUGUAUUGAAACCAAUUUCACCACCCGAGUGGAAUGAUCCAAGUAAAAUAGCAGACUGUAUUACUGAUAUCGCCAGUACAUUUGAUUUGAACCAAGAACCAGAGCGAAUAGCUGAUGAACCUGUAGAUAUUAUUGCCGCUACUCAGAAAACUCAACCGCCAACUUUUAAACCCACUGCUGAGCCUGGAGAUUUUCUUCCACGACCAAUGGACGUUGACUUGGACGCUCUUUUCACUGACUAAGAGAUCGCUGGACGAUUAUAAUUUCGCAACUGUUACAAGUACAAUUGUUGAUAUUCUUAUUGUUUUUUUUACUAAAGAAUAAUAUUUUUCAACUUGAUAUUUAAUAUUGAUGCCAAACAGCUUCAGACAAUCGCCAGAAAAUAUACCUUUGCUGAGACUUCGUAGAAACGAUAGAAUACUCAAUCUAUAUAGAAAUGAUGAUACGAAUUUGGAUAAUAAUCGAACGAACAGACCAAUAAUCACAUUCAGACCGACAACUAAUUCACUUAAUACACUUAGCAAAACAAAAACGGCAAGUUUAGCUUUAACGUUUAUGUUGAUAAUUAUAAUUUGUUUAGCUAUUGGUACUGUUAUUUGUUAUGUUUAUGGUUAUCACAAUGUAGUCAAUUAUAUAUUGGCUCCCGGUGCCAUUAUAGGUUCGAUUAUCAGCAUCGUAGUUGCUUAUUAUAUUAUGCGAUCAUUUAAUUAAAUUUAAUACUUUAAAGAACGAGAAAUUUGAAUCUUGAUUAUUAACUCAACAGCAAUGAGUUGAUAAAUGACCUAAAAAAAAAAACUAUAAAGUUAGAUAAUUCUUUCAAGAGCGCUUAUAGAAUAACUUCACUUUAAUAAUUUAUUUCAAAUGUUAUCUAUGCUGUUACUAAUCAUUACAAUGCGGCCGCUUGUUUAUUUGUCGACUAAUUUUUGUCCUCCAAAAUGAUUAUACAAUUUUAUUAUUUACUUUUGAUACUAUUUUUGAAGUCAUUAAUAAUUGGUAUAUUCAAAUCUUUUACCGUAUGCGCGCGCUUUUCAUUAUGAUUAAUUACAAAAUUGAACGAUUAAAUUUUUUAAAAUAAUUAUACCUUUUAUUAGAAAACUUAAGCAUUUACAAAUAGUUUAAUUCAGUUAAAAUAAUUGAGCAACUCAAUAAAAAAUAAAUAAAUAUCUUACAAAAAAUCUUAAAUCGUCUGAUUAGAAAACCGAAGAAAUCUUCCAAUCUUCAUAACUUGAAUUAUUAACAAUAAAUUAUCAAAAAAUAUUUGAAUUUAAAUUCAAAAUUUAUAGUAUUUUACUAUUAAUUAAAACUAACAAUCAAAUAAUACAUAAAUAAAUAAUGUGUUUUAAACCAAUUAAUUUUAGAGAAUCGCAAGAAAAUCGAUCUCCAGAAGAUGUAGAUAAUGAACCACGCAAUCUACGUAGACCUAAUCUUCGUAAUCUUCGUGAUCGGCGUCCGAGUUUGAAUACUUUUCGGAUGAAUUACGAACCACCAACUAAUGGCAGAACUUUUGUACCCGAAAAUAACAAUAACAACAAUAGCGGCACUAAAAAUUCACCAGAUAUGAUUUUCAAAACAAAUUUACAUAAGUCAAUUUUUAUAUUUAUUUUGAUACUUACAAUUUGUUUAUUUCUUGCUGUUGUUAUUUGUUACGUUCUGGAAUAUUAUGAUAUUGCCACUAAUCUAUCUAUUGCCGGUAUCGUUAUAUGUUUGAUUUCCAGUGGGAUUGCUUGUUACAUUUUGCGAUGAUCAUUUAAUAAAAUUGAAUAUUUUAAUAUUGAUACUACUUUUCAAAUUAUUAAUAAUUGAUAUUCAAAUAUCUUCCCGCGCUCUUUUUAUUACCAUUAUUUACAAAAUUGAAUUAUUAAUUUUU